AUGGCGGCCAUGACAGCAACUCAGCCUCCCCCAAGUGAGACACUUUUUGUGACUGGCUUGCCGAUGGACAGCACGAGCGAGGGCGUCAAGCAGACCUUCAGCCAGUACGGCACCGUGAAGGAAUCCACAGUGCUCCCCGUGAAGCCGGGCAAGGAUGCAGCAGCGGCCUUCGUGAUCAUGAACACCGUGGAUGAUGCCAAGUGGAUUGUGGAGAAUGUCAACGGCAAUGUCCCACAGGGGCUCAUGACCCAAGUCACAGUGGUCUUUGCAACGCCUCGGGAGCAGAGGAAGGGUGGUGGCAAAGGGAAGAAGGGCAUGGAUGGCAUGUGGAACAUGAUGUCUAUGAUGAUGGGCGGUGGAGGCUGGGGAGGAGGAGGCUGGGGCGGCGGUGGUUGGGGUGGUGGUUGGGGCAAAGGCGGAGGAGGAGGCGAUUGGGGUGGCUGUGGUGGAGGCGCCUGGGCCGGAAACGGUGGCAAAGGUAAAGGCUGGUGA